AUAUAAAUAACAACCGGCGCUUAACCCGGAACCACUUUACAGCGCUGUCCUUUCUGCAUCCAGCUCGAGCAGGAGAUAAACCUCCAAACAAACUUCAUGCUUCAAAUGUUACUUUGAAUUGUUUAACCAUCAUUUCUAGAAACGGACUCUUGUUUAUUUUUUUUAUUUUUUUUUGUUCCUGUUUGUCGGCAUACGUUUUUAACCAGGACGUGUAUUAGCUUCAGCAUUAGCACACCGUGUAGUACAAUGUCAACAGCUCCUGCAGCACCGGCAGGAGGAGGAGCAGGAGGAGGAGCAGACACCCCCGACUCAAAACCCAGCCAGAUGUUCAAGAACUGCUGGAGCUGUCGGCUCCUAUCCGGUGGAGGUUUGAUCCUUUCUGGAGCUUACGUGUUCACUGCAGCCCGGAGAGUGAUGCGACAAGGUGGACCUACCUCUAUGGGGACAGUGGCACAGAUCACAUUUGCUGCCAGUUUGGCAGCAUGGGGACUUGUUGUCAUCGCUGACCCUGUAGGAAAAGCGCAGAGGAAGACGUGAAACUGCUGACAGCUUGAAUGAACGUGUGGACUGUGCUGUGCCAGACAUGAAUGGACAUGACAUGACAUCAAGCCAAAGAAGCUGACCUUGGAUCUGUGGAGAAAGCUGUGUUGUGUUUGCACUAUUGUUGUUGUGAGGAUGGACCAAGCGUCCCACAAUGCUAUUGACUUGUGGAAUUAAACAUGAAAAUAUAUUUCA